GGCACUCUGUAGUUAUACAAUUAUAAUACAAUAACUAAAUCUCACACAUAUGGGUUCUAAACACAUCUAUAUAGCGCACUCCAACAAUCUUUGAACAGCAAAAUACAUUGCAAUGAAUGAGGUUGCUGGUUCACUGGAAUCCACCCCAUCUUGGGCUGUUGCUUCUGUUUGCUCCCUCUUGAUCAUAAUAGCUCUCCUUAUGGAACAUGGCCUUCAUCUCCUCACUAAGUUAUUCGAGAGAAGAAAAAGGAAGACCCUGAAUCAAGCAUUGUACCAUAUAAAGACAGAACUGAGGAAUUUGGGCUUCAUGUCUAUGUCAUUGACCAUGGCCAAGCAACCAAUCACAAAGAUUUGCAUAUCAACAAGCUUGGCUAAUUCCCUUCUUCCUUGUAAGAGGAAGAUUGGGGAACAUUUCAUUUAUGAAGACCAAUACUGCCCAAACAAGGGGAAGGUACCUCUUGUGUCUACUGCUGGAACUGAACAGCUGCAGGUAUUAAUCUUUGUGCUUGCAGGCUUCCAUGUCCUCUCAUCUCUUUUAACCUUUCUUCUUGGGGAUGCCAAGCUAAACAGAUGGAGACCUUGGGAAGAAGAGACUAGAACUAUGAAAUUCCAGCUAUCAAAUGAUCCCCGCAGGUUUAAACUCACACGCAAGACAUCAUUCGGGGAGAAACAUCUUAAAUCAUGGAGCAACCAUCCUCUUCUUCUGUGGCUUGUUUGUUUAUUUAGACAAUUCAUUAGACCGGUGUCCAGAGCAGAUUAUUAUGCACUUCGGCGAGGUUUUCUUGCAAUACAUUUCGACAAGGACUUCAAGUUUGAUUUCCAAAAGUUUCUCAGUCGUUCUUUAGAUCAUGACUUUGCGGUAGUGGUAAGAAUUAGUCCGUGGAUCUGGGUAUAUGCUAUCCUCAUGAUUUUUUUCAAUGCUUCCGAAUUCUACAACCAUUACUGGCCUACUGUCAUGCCUCUACUGAUUGUUUUGGUUGUAGGAAUGAAGCUAGAAGUAAUCAUCACUACAAUGUGCCUUAAGGGCAGCCAUGAGGCUGUAAUUGUUCGCGGAGCAGUUUCAGUGAAGCCAGAUGAUAGCCUAUUUUGGUUCGGUCAACCUCAAUUGCUUCUUCACAUCAUUCAGUUUAUCCUAGUACAGAAUUCAUUUCAUCUGGCAUACUUUACUUGGUCAGCAUACAGUUUUGGACUUCGAUCUUGCUACCAUAGAGAUACCAUUGGCAUCAUCUUUAGUAUCGUGAUAGGGAUAUUGGUGCAAUUCUUGUGUGCAUAUAUUACAUUGCCCUUGUAUGCAUUGGUAGCUCAGAUGGGCUCUUCAAUGAAGGAACCAAUAUUCGCAGACCGAGUCAUUGAAGGACUGAAAAAUUGGCAGAGAGCAGCAAGAAAAAGUCUAGAAGAGAAGAAGAGCUACACGCUUUCAAGUCCUUCAACCAGUAGCACAGCUUCCUUAGCUACCCAAGAUAAUUCACUAUCUACUCAGAGAAAGGAUAAGGUAGAAGAGCUUAACACCCCAUCAAGAACUAAAAGACCGAAAAGUGUCGAAGGGAAGACUAUCUCUCCCUCGAGUCUUUCAGUAGAAAGACCCUUCCCUUUUCUGAGCCCUGGAGAAAGUUCUUCACCUAGCACGAGGAGGAUUAAUGCUCAAGAAUUCAAUUAUCCAUCAGAUAGGAUAGAACUUCUUGAGGUGCAAAAAGUAGUGGAAGAAAUCAUCCAAUAUGGAGACAUUCCUUAUACUGGUGACAUCUCUUUUAAAUUGUGGGGAACGAAAAGCAAGGAACCAUGGCCAAGAAGUUGAUGACAAGUUUCAGUGUUACUACAUGCAAUACAACCAAACGAUAAAGGCUUAUGAAUGUUAUGACAACUUUAUCAAACUGUAAAGGCUUAUGAAUGUUAUGACAACUUAAAUAUUUUUAACAGCAAACCAAUUGAAAUCCUUUACUUGACAAUUCAGUAAA